UAAUGCGCUCAGUUGCCUGGAGACGCUAAAGCUGUGCAUGGCUGGUUCCUGUGCCCUGGAUCACCCAAAACAAGUUUGAAACAGACGAAUCACCGUCGGUACAUCGAGAAUAGCGCGCUUGCUUGUCAUUCAACAUCUGCGGAAGGGCUUGAAGCCACUCGCUAUGUGAUAGAGCAUCUCUGGACGGAGGAUCAUGGACAGUUACUUGUUCGUGAGAGUUGUGGGGAAGGGGAGCUAUGGGGAGGUGAAUCUGGUCAGACACAGAUCAGACCGUAAACAGUAUGUGAUCAAGAAGCUGAACCUGAGAACCUCCUCCAGACGUGAGCGGCGAGCCGCGGAGCAGGAAGCGCAGCUCCUCUCACAGCUCAAGCAUCCUAACAUUGUCACCUACCGGGAAUCAUGGGAAGGCGAGGACUGUCAGCUUUACAUCGUGAUGGGUUUCUGUGAGGGAGGAGAUCUUUACCACAGACUCAAACAGCAGAAGGGAGAACUGCUGCCUGAGAGACAGGUUGUGGAGUGGUUUGUUCAAAUUGCCAUGGCCCUUCAGUAUUUACACGAGAAGCACAUCCUGCAUCGAGAUCUGAAAACGCAGAAUAUCUUCUUGACCAAGACCAACAUAAUCAAAGUGGGUGAUCUGGGCAUCGCACGGGUCUUGGAGAAUCAGAACGACAUGGCCAGCACUCUGAUCGGCACACCUUACUACAUGAGUCCAGAACUGUUCUCCAACAAACCUUACAACUACAAGUCGGACGUGUGGGCUCUGGGAUGCUGCGUGUAUGAAAUGGCAACUCUAAAACAUGCUUUCAACGCAAAAGACAUGAACUCUCUUGUGUAUCGGAUCGUAGAAGGGAAGUUGCCCCAGAUGCCGAGUAAGUACGACCCCCAACUGGGAGAACUGAUUAAGCGGAUGCUGUGUAAGAAACCAGAGGACAGGCCAGACGUCAAACACAUCCUCCGACAGCCGUACAUCAAACAGCGGAUCUCCAUGUUCCUGGAGGCCACAAAAGAGAAAACUGCCAAAUCACGGAAGAAUACAGCAAACGGCAAACCGAACAGUGCCGAAUCAGAUGCCUUAAACAAACCAAACCAUGAAGUUCGGCCACAAUGUCUUAACUCUGAGUCAAAGCCCCGAGGAAGAAAGGCUGAAGAAAACCACUUGUACCGACAAGAACCCUGUAAUGGUGCAGUGGAAAGAGUGGUUCCCAACCCACACUUGCCCCCUAAAUCUCCAAGUCGGGAUAUUCUUAACUCAACAGGUCGAUCUACAGCAACCAUUAGCAAUAUAGACAUUGAAAUCCAAACCCAGGAACAGAAACCACCUCAGCCAAAACCCAGCAGCCAUCAGAACCACAAGCUGCCAUCUGUGAGCAAGAGGAGAGAGAAAGAGGAGAAAGAAGAUCUUGGUCCUGCUCAGACACACCCUCUGAAACAAGUAUUAGGUGUCGGCAGAGCGGAGGAUAAGAUGUCAGCGAAUGGACUGCUAUCUCCAAACUCAACUACACCCAAACCUGCAGAUCGAGCCAAGAUGCUAAGCAAGAAUAAGGCUCUUGACGUAAGUAUGGACCUUAAAGACGAUACUAUGAAGCUUCUGCAGGAGGCAGGGAUGGAGGACAUCCCGCAUGAGCCUAUUGAACAACAUCACAAGUUGGAGAGCCAAAGAACUUCAUCAGCUAGUGAUGAUGAUCAUAGCAGCGCUUGUGUCCUAAAGGAUGUUCCUACUGGAAGUUCAACUGAGGAGAGUGAGGGAAGUUUAGACUCCACAGAGAAACUACUCAAGCCUGUUCCUGUAAUUUUAAUGGUAAAAUACUGGAGAUUUUGUACAGUUUCACUGAAUGUGAUCCCUUCGUUUCUUUUCUUUGAAGCUGUGUCCGCAGUCCCCUCAUUAGACGGUAAGCAGACAGACCAGCUAGACUGCCCAAGACCUGAAAGAACAUCUGUGGAAACUAAAAAGGAGAGACAGUCUGAUGAAGAUGAGUGUAGUUCCUCCACCAGCUCCACUGAACGUUCAGAGGGCGACUACAGAGAACGAAAGCGUGAGACCAGUGAGAUGCAAGACUUGGUCCAAAUGAUGACACAGACGUUACAUAUGGAUGCCAGAGAUGUAUCAUUUGAGCCUGAUGGGACAAGAUGCCACUCUACUCCACUGCCUGAGUUCAAACUAAACCGGAAGUACAGGGACACCCUGAUGCUUCAUGGGAAAUCCAGAGAGGGACAGGGAGAUUUCCAGAUCAGAGGCUUCCCAGACGACAGCACGGGUCCAGCAAAGGUCAGGAGAGUGAUGGAGCACUUGCGUACAGAUGUGGUUAAAGGACUCGGGGUGAAGCUAUUGGACAGAGUCCUGGACAUCAUGCAGGAAGAGGAUGAAGACAAGAGAGAGCACCUACUGCAAGAGCAAAUGGGGGAGGCAAAAUACAAGCAGUACGCAAUGAAAGUCCAACAGCUGAAGUUCUUUGAGGACGUCGCAUUCAAAGACUGAGCCACCUGCACACGAGGGAUCUCUCGUCAAACCAUUACUGCUGACGGGCAGCAGACUUCAUGCUCUUAAAAGAUAAAACACUUCAUUGAAGCCUCCCAUCAACAAUCACUGUUGCUUUUUAAUGCUUUCGUAAAUGUGUAGAACUAGAAGCGAGUUAAACGCCAGAUAUGCAAAAAAUGCUGUUAUCGUGCACCUUUAAAAUACAGGAAAGCAUUAUUUUAGGAUAUCAUUGGAAAUGUGAACCUAUGCUAUGUAGAUAGCCAUCUUGAAUCGCAAAAGAGAUGUUAGAAAUAUUUAACUUUUUUUCUGGAAUGUGUAUUUAUAUUACGAAUAA